AGUCCGCCCACCGCUUUCCUUCGACAAGUCAUUUUGCAAUAGGACGGAUUAACAGCAGCAUGUCCUCCACGACCAAAGUAGUGGCCUCUGCAACAGCCGCCUUGUCAGCUGCAGACGCUGCUGCAACCACAGCCUUCAAGGCUGGUAAACAUGCCGCCAUUAUUAUGGGUGCAACUGGGGCUGUGGGCAAAGCACUAGUUCGAGAGGUUAUGGAAGCGGAUGCGUUUGAGAAGGUUACACUACUGCUGCGUCGAGAGGUAGAAUAUGAAGGUCCUCAUAGCGAGAAACUGACUCAGAAGAAGGUGGACUUUGAGAACCUUGAGGAAAGCGUCUUUGCUGGCCAUGAUGUCAUGUUCUGCACGUUUGGAACAACACGAGCGCAAGCCGGCUCUGCUGAAGCAUUCCAAAAGAUAGAUCGCGACUAUGUCCUCAACGCCGCAAAAUUAUUCAAAUCCGCAAAUCCAACUACCCCCCUCCACUUCCUCUACACUAGCAGUGGUGGUGCUAACGCCAGCAGCUGGCUACUCUAUCCCCGCACCAAGGGAGAAAUUGAAAACGGCCUGAAAUCCAUGAAUUUCGCCAAAUGUUCAAUAUUUCGCCCGGGAUUCUUGGUAUUGGAAGAGGAGCGAAGAGGUAGCCGUUUUGCUGAAGACAUGGUGGCUCCGAUACUGGGAGGUGCCUUCGGGAGAUGGACUGGUCUGUCGACUCCAGUUGGUAGUUGUGCCCGUGCCAUGCGUCGCUGGGCCGUUGGUGGAGGUGAAGGUAUAACGGUAGAGGUUAAGGAUGGCACGUAUACUAUUGAGAACAAGGAUAUUCUGAAGAUGGGCGCAUAAUACUCUGGAAAGUGCAUGAUGGAUGUCAUUAGCAAUCGAACAAUAUCUCAUAUAGCAACUUCUAUAUAUAAUGUUGACUUUGCCUGAGGGAUUCACUUACCAAAAAACAGGGGCGG